CCCCAAAUUAGCAAGGACCCCCAACAGAACUCCUCGACAUGUCUGAAGGCAACCCGAUCAUCGAAUCCUUCAAAUACAACGUGCUUAUCAUGAAAAUAUGUGGUAUUUACCCUCCAGACGCAUGGCCAGAAUGGCGCUACAAAAUGUAUGGCUAUUUCUCCUACUUCACGAUAACAGUGCUCUUUCCUAUUUUGGCGAUAAUCAACUUGAUAGUUGGCGAGAUAGUGGAUAUCCACCAAACGUGCUGGAGCAUCGUCCUGGCAAUAGAGACUGGAGCACUGAUAGUGAAGGCAUUCGUCUUCGUACAAAAACCAGAAAAGGUUAAAAAAACUAGAAACGAUUUGGCUAAGGACAUUUUCAAUUCUUACACGCAAGAUCAAGAGUACAUAAUCAAGGAUACUAUAAAGGAGUAUUACACUGUCUUUAUUGCUAUCUCGACGUUUAGCAUCGCUAGUUUUUUUGCUUCGUUUUCUUUAAUUUUUUUCAGCCCAGAGAGAACGUUACCUAUCAAUCUUUGGUUGCCCUUUGAUGGUUUCACUGAUACAAGAAUUUAUGUGGGAGUGUUGAUAUACGUGGCACUAGGUAAUGGUCACGGUUGUUGUCAGAAUUUUUCUUUGGACACCAUGAUAGUAGGGAUGAUUUUCCAAUCAGCAGCACAAGUGCGUAUUUUGAAAAACAAUUUGGAAUUUCUGGGAGACAAUGUUGAAAAGGAAAUCCGAUCGCAAGGAGAAUUAUCCGAACCUGAAGAUGAACUGAGGUCGAAACUUGUUUACAGAAACAUUUGUCAGUGUGUCGAACACUAUCAAUCUAUAUUUGAGUAUACAAGAGACAUAGAAGGUGUUUACUCAAUGGUAAUUUUUGCUCAACUUUUCUCUAGCAUCACAAUCAUUUGUAUUUUAUUGCUAGAACUCUCAUUGGUGGUGCCAUUUACUUUUCAAUUUUUUUCUACCCUCAUUUUCGUUAUCACGAUGCUCACACAGAUUUUUCUAUUCUGUUACUAUGGAACCAUACUAAGCAGAGAGAGUGAAACGGUUAACACUGCUAUCUACAUGAGCCAAUGGUACAACUACGAUAAGAAAUCGAAGAAAAGUCUUUUCACAUUGAUGGAAAGAGCAAAGAGGCCCAUAAAAGUAACAGCAGGGAAAUUUUUCGAUCUGUCUUUAGACACAUUCACAUCGAUAUUGAGAAAAUCAUAUUCAUUGUUAGCCGUGUUGAAGAAUUAUUAUUAGAAACAGAAAGAACGACACCUCAAUCAGAUCCUGGUGGUUAUGAACUGUGUGUACCUUGGAUGAAAAUUGAUUAUUAUGAUUAUCUAAUUUUUUUUUUUUUUUUAGUUGCUCUUUCAUAAUUUUCACUGCUAUAAACAUGUAUGUUUCUUGGGAAUAAUAAUAAAGAUGAUUUGGUUAACUGUACCAGACCAAAAAAACAAUUAAAGAAAUGAAUGUUGACUUUUGUCGAAUCAGGAUAAUUUUCAAUCAGUUCUGUACAUCUCCGGGCUCUUUCAUUUUCUUUCGAGCUGCUCUGUUGGACUGUUUUUGUGGAAAUCUAUCAAACAAACUGUAAUUGCUUUUUAGCAAAUGAGGUUGAAUACACUUUUCUAUUAUUCGAUUCACCAAGUCACUUACAUAUAGUACAAUAGUUUUAGUUGCUUACCUAAUAA